AUGUACGCUUGUGACAGUAGCCACUGGGGUCCCCACUGCAGCAACAAGUGUCAGUGUCAGAACGGAGCGCUCUGUAACCCGAUCACCGGAGCCUGCAUCUGCAUGCCUGGGUACAGAGGGUGGCGCUGCGAGGCCCAGUGUGAAACGGGAACCUAUGGGAACGGGUGCCAGCAGAAAUGCCAGUGCCAGAAUGGAGCUGCCUGUCACCAUGUCACUGGAGAAUGCAAGUGCUCGCCAGGAUACACUGGAGCUUUCUGUGAAAACCUGUGUCCUCCAGGUAAACAUGGGCAGCAGUGUGAGGAGAGAUGUCCAUGUCAGAACGGUGGCGUGUGCCACCACGUGUCCGGAGAGUGCUCCUGUCCUGCUGGAUGGAUGGGGACAGUGUGUGGACAGCCAUGUCCAGAAGGACGAUUUGGACAGAACUGUUCCCAGGAAUGUCAAUGUCACAAUAAUGGCUUUUGUUUGGCGUCCACUGGACAAUGUCUCUGUAGCCCUGGAUACACUGGAGACCGGUGUGCUGGAGCAAAGAAACAUGAUGGUACCUACGGUCUGGAGUGUAAGGAACGCUGUGACUGCAGUCAUGCUGAUGGAUGUCAUCCCGCCACGGGUCACUGCCGCUGCCUGGCUGGAUGGACCGGCAUCCACUGUGACAGUGUGUGUGCAGAGGGCCGCUGGGGCCCAAACUGCUCCCUCCCAUGCAACUGUAAGAACGGAGCAUCUUGCUCCCCUGAUGAAGGAACCUGUGAGUGCGCACCGGGAUACCGAGGCAGCACCUGCCAGAGGAUCUGCUCACCGGGUUACUUUGGUCACCGCUGCAGUCAGACCUGUCCACAGUGUGUCCACAGUAACGGACCGUGCCACCACAUUACAGGACAGUGCGACUGUCUGCCUGGAUUCAAGGGAGCGCUGUGUAAUGAAGUGUGUCCCAGUGGUCACUUUGGGAAGAACUGUGCUUGGAGCUGCAGCUGCACCAACAACGGCACCUGUAACCCCAUCGAUGGAUCCUGUCAGUGUUAUCCAGGAUGGAUCGGCAGCGACUGCUCCCAGCCAUGUCCUCCGGGUCACUGGGGCCCCAACUGCAUCCACACUUGUAACUGCCACAACGGGGCAUACUGCAGCGCGUAUGACGGAGAAUGCAAGUGCACCCCUGGAUGGACUGGACUCUACUGCACACAGCGCUGCCCGUUAAGUUUUUAUGGGAAGGACUGCUCUCAGGUGUGUCUGUGUAGGAACGGCGCUGACUGCGACCACAUCUCUGGAAAGUGCACGUGCCGGACCGGCUUCAUGGGACAACACUGUGAACAAAAGUGUCCUCAUGGUUCAUACGGAUAUGGCUGCCGUCAGCUCUGCGAUUGUCUGAACAACUCCACUUGUGAUCACAUGACCGGAACAUGUUACUGCAACCCUGGCUGGAAGGGAGUUCGAUGUGACCAAGCUGGCAUUGUGACCAUAGGAAGCCUGAACAGUUUGACCAGUACAGCCAUGCAUGUGGACACCUACCAGAUAGGAGCCAUUGCAGGAAUUAUCGUCCUGGUGCUACUGGUGCUUCUUCUCCUGCUCAUGCUCAUCAUCUACAAAAAGAAACAGAAGGGCAAAGAGUCCACCAUGCCGGCUGUGACGUACACCCCUGCUACGAGAGUCACAGCUGAUUACACCAUGGCAGAUACUCGCACCCCAACUAGUGAGCCCCAGCCAAGCAACUACUUCUCCAACCCCAGUUACCACACCCUAACCCAGUGCAUCAGCCCCUCACACAUCAGCACUGGUCCAUAUGGAAAGGUCAAUUUCACCCAGCUAUUACCAAACAUGAAGAAUGCUGAUCAGAGAAAACAGACUCAUCAUGUUGGACCUCAGGUCGGUACACUACCUGCAGACUGGAAACAAAGAGACUGCUUCAGUGAACUGGGAGCCUGUGGUGUUGACAAGACAUUCAUGGGAACACCUUUAGGAGAUGUGGUGAAGGGCAGAGCCUAUCAUGCCAGCUCUUGUUCCUUGAACAGCUCUGAAAACCCGUAUGCUACAAUACUCGACCCCCCCUUGCUGACAUCCAAGAACACAGAAUGUGGCUACAUGGAAAUGAAAUCACCCACCAGAAGAGACUCAGCUUACGCAGAAAUUAGCAGCAGCAGCCCUACUAAUACUCGGAAUGUCUAUGAAGUUGAGCCAACCAUAAACCCCACCCAGGCCUCUGAAGUUAGCCACAGCCCUCUGCAGUUUCAGCCGGGUCUAUAUGAUCUACCAAAAAACAGCCAUGUCCCCAUUCACUAUGACUUCCUGCCACCUAGAGAAAGCCCUUCCUCAGAGCUCAAGGUGCUGGACUGUGAAUAACGGAUCAGGAUCAAGUCCCUACAGAU